AGAAUUUUAAUUUUUUUCUAAUAUGCGAAAAUAUUCAUGUCCUUUUAGUUCCAUCCCUAUUCGUCCUGUAAAAGGUUAAACACGCGCCGCCCAAAUUCAAAUCUCCCGGCAACAUGGGCCGAACCGGCGACGGCAGAGAUCAACCGGCGGAACAGCCUUCUCGAUUUUCAGCAAUGAAAAGUAGAAUUCGUCAACAUGAUAUCGGUAAACACCGUAGCAAGAAGAAGCAAAGAGUAUCAAUACGUAAAACUGAGACUGAAUCUGCAACCGUAACCCUAAAUCAUACUUCUACUUCUUAUACACAUUCAUAUGCAAAUUCGUACUCAUACUCGUACAGUAGGGGCAAAGAAAAACGGCAUAAAGGAAAAGCAAAGAGGGCAAUUGCAGAUGAUAAACGCAAGUGGGUUUACUCUACUCACGACGUUUCCCCAAAUCAAGAUAGAGUUAUUCUUAUGUCGUAUAACAUACUAGGGGUAAAAAAUGCAGCAGCACAUGAGGACCUGUACCGCAAUGUCUCUCCAAAAUAUUUGGAUUGGGACUACCGGAAGAAGCUCAUAUGCAAAGAAAUUAGGGACUAUAAUCCGGAUAUAAUGUGUUUCCAGGAGGUUGACCGUUUUGAUGAUUUAGAUUAUCUCCUCCAGAAAGAGGGCUUUAAAGGGGUUUAUCAGGCUCGUACAGGUGAUGCAAGCGAUGGCUGUGCAAUAUUCUGGAACAACAAGCUACCUGCUGGCAAAAGCUGCAGUUUUUGCUCGUCAUUUUUGGCUACGUCUACGGAGAUUGAAAACUGUCUGCUGCUAAUUGUUUCCAUUUCUUUCUUAUCUAAUUUAUGCUACUUCCAAUUUACAAAUAUAUCUGGUUACAGAUUUGACAUUCUGCAUGAGGAGAGCAUAGAAUUCCAGAAUUUUAAUCUACGCAAUAAUGUUUGCCAACUUUGUGUUUUUAAGAUGAAUGUGAAAAGUUCAACCAAGGAUGUGAGUGCUUCAAAUUCGGAGAGUGUAUCCUCGCCAAGCUUUCUGGUUGGCAAUAUUCAUGUACUCUACAACCCCAAUCGUGGAGACAUCAAAUUGGGACAGGUUAGACUCUUUCUUGAGAGUGCCCAGAGGCUAUCUCAUGAAUGGGGUGAUAUACCAGUCGUGCUUGCUGGAGAUCUAAAUAGUAUGCCUCAGAGUGCAAUGUAUCAGUUUUUGACUUCAAAUAAGUUGGACAUCCAAAUGCAUGACCGAAAGCAAAUCUCUGGCCAAAUUUAUCCAUUGCAAAAUAGAAGCUUCAACCCGAGAUUAAGUUAUAGAUGGAGUAAUGAAGAGCUAUUGCUUGCUACCGGAACAGGAGCUAGUCAAUUGAUACAUCAGUUACAACUGCGCAGUGCCUAUGCUGGAGCUCCUGGAAGUUCCAGAACCAGGGAAAACUCUGGAGAACCCUUGGCGACAUCAUAUCAUUCGAAGUUUUUGGGAACUGUCGACUAUAUAUGGCACACAACAGAGUUUGUUCCAGUACGAGUUCUUGAUACCUUACCUGUCGACAUUUUAAGGAGAACAGGAGGGCUUCCUAGUGAGAAAUGGGGAAGUGAUCAUCUUUCUCUAGUGUGUGAACUGGCUUUUGCUGAUGAAGGGAGUGAGACUUGACUAUUCCUUUCGAUUAAAGUUAAAAGUUGAAAUGCAAAACGGAAGGUCUAUCAUGCAUGACAUACUGCUUCAUGGGAUAAGCAGAUUCAUCGGUGCAUAGAAGAAUCUUGUGCGAACAUAAGUGUACAAGGAGGAACAUGGGAAAGAACAGAGACUCGCGAAGUUACAUUAUAGGGAUCAAAAAGACGAUCCUUUUUUUUUUUGUCUGUCCUCUUCAUCUUAGUAAUUUAUUAAUCAUAAUUAAUGUUUUAUUAAAUAUAAUAAAACCAUCUGAAUUAUAGUUUUGUUUCCAACAAAAGAUUGCACUAUUCAUUGUAACUUGUAAAGAAACAUGGUAAGUUGCAACCUUAAAAGGAGAGACUGUCGCAUCGUUCAAAUAUCUA